AUGCCUAACGUCAUCGCUGUCUGUACAAUCGUGACCACAGUUGUGGCUGCUUUUGCAUCUGGUACAUCCAUGCGUUCAGCGGCCGCUGUCAUGCCGACUGGGUCAUGGCCUACCAGCAACGGUACAGUCUACUACAAAGAGCCUUACACAGUCAAGAAGGGACAGACUUUUGACGGCGGUAUGAAGACAUACGCUCGUUCAAAUGUCAAGUGUACUGUAAUGGCAACAGCUUUUGUGGUAGCAAAGUUUUGCAGCGUGCCGUUCAAGAUUGGCAUCGAGUGCAAAGUCUCACCAUUCCGUGAUAGCUACAAGGACCGGAUGUACCUCGAUCGGCAUUACGGAGUACUAAAGUAUCUUGAUGCAUAUAUACUCGCAGCUGCUCAAUUUUUCUACUCCUUACCAAAGUGUCAGGCUGCAUCAUCUGUAUAUGACAAGGUCUUCAUUUUUAAACUCCCUACUCCAUUAACUCCAACGAAGCUGAGCAUGAAGCUCUCUGUCACUUCGAUAUUUGUUGCUGCGACUGUUACGUCGUCUUGUGCUGGUGCCUCUGUGGACAAUAAGCAUCACGAAAACGCUAUCAUUUUUCGUCACAACACAUUACCGUGCACCGAGGCACUAUGCAAAGACGAAGACGCUCCUGUAUGCAGUUUCGACAACAAAACUUACCCCAAUGCGUUUGUGGGUAACCAGUGGGUUCACUUGUCAGCAUCGGCUGCUUCAUCGAGCGACAAACCGCCUUUGAUUCGCUGCCGUACUCAUCCAGCUAGCGAAGAACGAGGACCAUCUACUGCUUCAGAUCUAGCAAAAUUGGAAAUCGUCAAUAGUGCCUUCGAACCUUCAAAGAUACAAGCUGCUGAGAAUGCGUUGAUGAACAAGUAUACUCGUAAACAACUCGUGGAUACCGAGUUACAUCCAUACACUUACCUCAAGGUGUUGUAUGACCGCUCGAACACGUGGGAUCGAAGGUUAGUGAUAUAUAUAAAGUCGAAAGUGUUGAAGAGAGGAAAGACACAACUACCUGAUACUAUGGGAGAACCAGCGAAACAGCCGAAAGUGUUGACAGAAGGAGAAAAAAGGAUACAAAGUCUCAUUGCACAGCUUCCAACGGCUUUUAAGGAACAGUAUACUUUUUAUACGCCGAGGUGUAUUAUGAUCAAACUAGUAUUCGGGUGA